CCUCAUUGUUUUCGGCCCAAUUACAUGGGCGCUGAAGAAUUUCUGUCAACCUAUAACUCGGCCCGCUAUUGCUGGUCGGUCCAGAAUCUAUCAUCGUUGUUAAUAGAAAGCGUUGCGAGUUCCAAGUUCUCCAACUUGGUGAGUUUACUUGCAUCACGAGAAAAUGUCAUGGUUAGCGAGGUCUAUCGCCAACACUCUGAAGCUCGACGACGACGACGAUGCCGACGGGAAUGAAGACCAGCAUUACCGGAAAGCCGGCGAAUCGGCAAAGGACUCGGAAUCUUCUCCAACAGCUGAGUCCGAUCAACAUUCGCCGUCGUCGACGAUCAGUUCCACGACUCCCCGCGGCGUGAAGGAAGAUAUCUCCGAGCUCACCAAGACCCUAAGUCGCCAGUUCUGGGGCGUCGCUUCGUUCCUCGCUCCCCCACCCGAAUCUCCUACUCCUCCAACUCCUCCUCCCGCUCGCGACCAGAUCUCCGAUGAAUCCAUCGAGGAAGCCGAGAAUCGGCAGCUUUUGGAUCCGGACGAGACUAACGAAGCUCUGAUUGAGGGAAUACGGAGUGACUUUGCCGAAAUCGGUGGGAGGUUCAAGUCCGGAAUCUCAAAGCUAUCGACUAAUAAGGCGGUCUCAGAGAUCACAAAGAUAGCCUCGAAUUUCCUGCAAUUCGCAGCGGAGGGAGACGUGAACGAUGAGGAUUUGAUUGGGAGCGCCAUCGGUGUAACCGAGGAUGCUGUGGCUUUUGCUAGGGAUGUCUCUAUGCAUCCGGAGACUUGGCUUGACUUUCCCAUCCCGGAAGAUGAUGAUUUUGAGGAUUUUGACAUGUCAGAUCCCCAACAGGAGCAUGCCCUAACUGUUGAGCGCCUUGCCCCAAGGCUAGCUGCUCUCAGGAUUGAACUCUGUCCGGGUUAUAUGAGUGAGGACUGCUUUUGGAAGAUUUACUUUGUCCUUCUGCACCCUAGACUGAGUAAAGAAGAUGCUCUACUGCUGUCUACUCCACAGAUAAUGGAAGCUAGGGCAAUGUUAUCCCAUGAACUACAGAAGAGAGCAAAGGCAAAGCCCAGUUCAAGUUUCUCAGAACCUAGUGCUUCAGUCAUAUCAAAAGAAGAUGGUGCCAAUUCAUCCCAGGAAGUGUCUCUUUCAGUGCCCUCUCAACUCGAGUUUGGUUCAAGGAACACUCCAGUUACAGCAGUGCCUUACAGUGAUGUGGGUGGUGAAGCGGAAAAAGAGAAGCACCCAGUUCAGAGUAUUGAGAUCGAAAUAGUCGACAAAGCUGUUGUUGUUGAGGAAGAAACUGUUCUCCCACAGAACAAUAAGCAACAGCCCAACCCAUCUACUUCUAGUCCAUCUCCUGCUGCUGUGAAUGAUAAGUACGAGGACGAUGGUGAUGACUGGUUGCAAGAUGAAAGUUCUGAAAUGGCUGCUGGUGGUGCCAGUGGGAUCGUAAAACAUAUUGAAGAUGACGAGGAUGUGUCAUUUAGUGAUCUUGAAGAUGAUGACGAAGGGGAAGUGCCUGUAACAUACAAAAAAGUAACCACCUCAGAUGGUUCAGCCAAAGAUUCACGGGACUGGGUUGAGCUGAGCAGUGGUUCAAGUGAUUCGGUGAAGGAUAUUAGCCCUGUGGAUGCAAAGAGUGGUGGCCCCGGACAGGCAAGUUCUCGACCCUCCGAGAACAGGGAAGCUAAUGAUUGGCUUGAUGUGGAAGACAUUGACGUGAUUUGAUUGAUGAAUGGGGAUUAUGCCUUAAGAAAGGUGAGCCUUUUCUCCUGUCUUUUUCCUUUUCUUCUGCUGCUGUGAAUAUCCUGUCCUGCUGCAUAUGGUGUCCUCUCUCUUCAAUCUGUGUUUGGCCAAGGGAAACUUCUCUACGUUUGUACAUAUAAUCUGAAGCUGAAGUUGGACGGUAUGGUGCUCAUGAAAUGUGUAUCUGUGCUGUGUAAUAACUUUUACCAUCCAUGUAUUUGCUGUUCCAUUUCAUUCUGUGAAAUCAUUUUAGUUGCUUGUCAAUGGAGCCAAUAGCUUCUCUCCAUCGUUAUGGCCGCUCCUCUAUAACCAGUGUAGCUUGGUUGCUGCUCUCUAGUAUGCUAUUUAACCGAUAAGGUACCAUAUUAAAGGCAGUAGUAGAAUGAAUGAAGAAGCAGGGUCUAGGAUUCUGGUUUUGACGUCACUUGUGGUGACUGUUUCCUUGACUAUUUCUAUCCACUUUGUAAUGUUACAAUCUGUUCCUAAUUCACAGCAACGUGGUUUAGCCACAGCUCCUUAGGAAUAGCAGUAGUUAGUUGAGUCUCUCUAAUGUAUAAGUUUCGUUCAUCAAUAACACGAGACACUUUUU